AUGGGUUUGGAGGAAGAAAUGUUUAUUGGGAAUUCUUUGAUUCGUUUCUGUGCGGACUGUGGGGACUUGGAUUAUGACCGGAAGGUGUUUGAUGAAAUGCUUGGGAGAAAUAACGUGUCGCGGACUAGUUUGAGUUGUGGUUAUGGUAGGAUGAAUAUGUCAGUGGAGGCUGUUUCUUUGUUUUCUGAGGUGGUGAUUGCCAGUUUAGGGUUUAGGGGUGAAAUGCUACAACAGGGCCUCAGACCCGACAAGAUUACCAUGCUAUCUGCAAUUUCAGCUUGUGCACAAAUAAGUGAUUCUCUCUCUGGAACGUGUUGCCAUGGUUAUUUUCUAGGGAAUGGACUAGAAGGUUGGGAUACCCUCGAAGUGCAAUUAAGGUGUUCAAUAAAUGGCAAGAAGAUAUGUUUCUGCUUGGACUGCAGCCAUUGGACUGCGUUGAUGUUGCAAGAAAUAAACAGCAGACUCAGAGAUGCUGGCCACGUUCCUGAUUUGGACAAUGUCCUGCUUGAUGUUGAUGAGAAGGAGAAAGAGUACUUGCUCAGUCGACAUAGCUAG